AUGAGCAGCAGUAUCCGCCUUUCAUCGACUGAUGGAAUCGGGGGCAUCUCUUGGGAUGUGCCCGAAAUAGAAGAGUCCCUCCCUGUCAACGUCUCCAAGCCUGACCUGCCAGACAUCGAGGCUCGUCAGAACUGCGACUUCACCACGUCGAUCGUUACUGACCGCACUGAGACUUUUGUCGACUGGGCCGUGCAAAAGUCUCACGUUGUCAUUGGCACCGGCAAUGGCAUCGACGUCUUCGUCAGCUCCGGCUACAGUGUGAGCAACGGCGUCAGCGUCAGUGCUGGCCUGGAAUGGACUGUCAUCAAGGACAAGCUUGGUCUCUCCGCUGGAAUCGACUACACCCGUACCUGGACUACGCAGACGGUCAUCAAUGUUAAAGGAACAGUGCCGGGUGGUUCCUUUGGUGUCAUGAUCACCAAGCCCAUCAAGACGCACUGGUACUUUCACGCGGGCGACUCCUUUGACGAGGGCUCGUAUGCUGGUGUUAAGUGGGUGUCCGGUGCUAUCACUAUGUGCAUCAAGAAGGAGUUUCCCCUCUCACGCUGUCAUGGCCAAGGGAACUUCAUCUGA